GGAGAAAGUUGCAGCGGCGGCGGCGGCCACGGCGGCACCCCGGAGCCUCAGAGGCGAGGGGCAAGUGGGCGAAGGGAGGGGGGACGGCUGCUGCCGCAGCAGCUCAAGGCCGAGGAACUGAAAGGGCUGUAGGGGGAGGCAGCGCGAGCCGGCCCCGACUGCUCCUCCUCUUCCUCCUCCUCCUCCAAACUCGCAGGGCUCAGCCCCAGCGCUCGCUCAGCCGCCGGGAGCACCACCCGGAGGGACGGGAGGCAGCCGCGCGGCCCGAAGCUGGGCAGGGUCCCCAGGCGCCAUGGAUAGCGACGACGAGAUGGUGGAGGAGGCGGUGGAAGGGCACCUGGAUGACGACGGAUUACCACAUGGGUUCUGCACAGUCACCUACUCCUCCACAGACAGAUUUGAGGGGAACUUUGUUCAUGGAGAAAAGAACGGACGGGGGAAGUUCUUCUUCUUUGAUGGCAGCACCCUGGAGGGGUAUUACAUGGACGAUGCCCUGCAAGGCCAGGGAGUUUACACUUAUGAGGAUGGGGGAGUUCUCCAGGGCACGUAUGUAGACGGAGAGCUGAAUGGUCCAGCCCAGGAAUAUGACACAGAUGGAAGACUGAUCUUCAAGGGACAGUAUAAAGAUAACAUUCGUCAUGGAGUGUGCUGGAUAUAUUACCCAGAUGGAGGCAGCCUUGUAGGAGAAGUAAAUGAAGAUGGGGAGAUGACUGGAGAGAAGAUAGCCUAUGUGUACCCCGACAAGAGGACUGCACUUUAUGGAAAAUUCAUUGACGGAGAGAUGAUAGAAGGAAAACUAGCCAUGCUUAUGUCCACUGAAGACGGGAGGCCUCACUUUGAACUGAUGGCUGGAAGUUCAGUAUACCACUUUGAUAAGUCAACGUCAUCUUGCAUUUCUACUAAUGCUCUUCUUCCAGAUCCGUAUGAAUUGGAGAGGGUUUAUGUUGCUGAAUCUCUCAUUUCCAGUGCUGGAGAAGGACUGUUUUCAAAGGUAGCAGUGGGACCUAAUACUGUAAUGUCUUUUUAUAAUGGAGUCCGAAUUACACACCAAGAGGUUGACAACAGGGAUUGGGCCCUUAAUGGGAACACUCUCUCCCUCGAUGAAGAAACGGUCAUUGAUGUGCCUGCACCCUAUAACCACGUGUCCAAGUACUGUGCCUCCUUGGGACACAAGGCAAAUCACUCCUUCACUCCAAACUGCAUCUAUGAUAUGUUUGUCCACCCCCGUUUUGGGCCUAUCAAAUGCAUCCGCACCCUGCAAGCUGUGGAGGCCAAUGAAGAGCUCACCGUUGCCUACGGCUAUGACCACAGCCCCCCGGGGAAGAGUGGGCCUGAAGCGCCUGAGUGGUACCAGGUGGAGCUGAAGGCCUUUCAAGCCACCCAGCAGAAGUGAAGGCCCAGCCCUGGGCUUCAGAGACCUGGAAUAGAAAUUUGGAUCUAUGCACUACGUUUAUCCGGCAACGGGACAACCAGGGACUGCUCAUGCUGUGACAUCACAUCCUCUCACCCUGCGUUAGCAACGACUUUCUUGCAUACUAACUAGGUUUGACUGUAUUACUCAUACCAGAUUUAAAAUUAGCUAGCCUUGCAACAACGUCCUACUGAGAGGUAGUGUCGAGCAUUUGACAUAAGACAGCAUGAUAUUCUUUGGUGGUUCAAGUCUAAAUUUGAACCACACUCAGAGAUGCCAAAUGAUUAGACUGAAAAAGGGAAAUGGGGUUUUUCAGUCAUUUUUAGUCAGUGGUUUUUCCAUGGUGGUUUUUUUCCUAUGGCCAGUGCGAACUGUGUUAUCACACUUGCAUCUGUGCCAUAUCAAGGGUAGAGAAUUACUACAUCUUUAUUCUCUAAAUGUAGUAUAAUUUGCCUUUUAACCUUUGAUCUGUAUCUUGCAAUAGAAUGGCUUUCUUUUUUCUGUUAGUGAACAGAAGCCCACUUUUUGAGCCAUUUUUCCCCUCAGUCCUAUUCCCUGUCUUAGAUAUCCUUUACAAGAGAAAAAUUCCAAAUGGAUUUUGCAUCAGUGGCAAUGUGUAGGUCUCUCUGGUUCUUUCUAUAUCAUUAUUUCAUUAUAUGUCCUAAUAUAAAGUACUGGCUCAUAGGCCGGGGUAUUAUUAUAGAUUUAUUAUUCUCGCAUGGAAACAAAGAUAUCUUUGCUUUAAGAUGUGAGAAGAAAUGAAUUUACUUUGCAUUAAGUUAUGGAAGAGUUGUAAUAUAUACUUUAAGAAAGAAGAGAGGAAAAUUAGUAUUUCUAAGCAGUAACUGUGGCAAUUUUGCAAUAUCUUCAAUAGUGUUAGUAAUUUUUUCUCCUUGGGUACACAUUACAUGUACAUAGUGCAGUCUGGCUUGUAGCACAGCGCAUUGAAUUCAAAAGUCAAAUAGCAAAUGAAUUCUAACAGAAUUCAGAAUUUUUUUUUAAAUCAAUACUAUUAAGGCAGUCACACCGAUCACUAGAUACAAAUCAAACAUUAACGCUAAAUCUCUUCAUCAUUGUAAUUUCAAAGCACUUGCCUGCUUCAAAGCACUGUAAACUGAGUUAACACCUGUAUAGUUUUAAAGCAACAAUAUCAACAGCAUUUCAGCCGUAUUGCAAGCCAUAUGUAAUCACAACUGCAGAAAUAAGGAGAAAACCCAUUUUUUAGUUUAGAUUAAUUAGAUUUGUAACAUAACUGGGAUUGCUCUGAGUGAGUCCUGAGAGUUUUGGUUUUUUAUAAGCAUCCUCACCACAUGCAAUAGCCAUGUCUUCUUUCGCCAUCUUGAUGAGGUAGCCAGAAGGUCUGGAGAGCAGCAGUCGCUCUGACCUGCAGCUGUGAGCAGUGGCACCUGUUUGGUCUUGAAAGCUAAAGCCUUCUAAGCUGUAACAGAGCAUGAGCUCUGGCUGAUUAGAGGCUUGCUGGGAGGGAGAGAAAAAUAAGGAAAUGGGCAGAAGGAAGUUUGCUAUUUCUUGUCAGUUACACACUGCUCUUGCAAAGACUUCAAAAGUGCUCGAUCCAGGGUUGCUCAGAACUUUCAGAUCAGGCGCCCCCUGGGCACAGGAUUCAGCCCUCAAGACCAUGGCAGAGCCACCCUUCCCUCUUUGCAAGGCAUGGCUUCAUGGAGCACCUGGCUGCUCCGUGGCUAUGGUUUCAGGGAGGUCCAGUUAAAUCUUUGUUUGAAAGCUUAAACUGAUGGUUCACACAUGAGAGGAAGUUUUCGGGACUUCCAGAAAGAUCUCCCACAAAAGGAACUGAAUAGAGUUUUUUUAGAAAAAAGGCACCUGGAUAGGAUCACUUCUAUUCUGUAGAAAGAGACCACUCUGUAAACUGUGACAGAUGGCGGGAUCUCCGGACUUUUAUUCUGAUAGGUGCUUUAGUUUAAAUGUAUCCCAAGGUGAGUGUCUUCAUGACCCGCAGUCAGUUGGAUUGUGGAGCCAGGCCAGGAAGUGAGGCCAGGCAGCAGAUAGCAGGUUACACCCCCGAUGUGCUAUGCUCUGAACGAUUUUCAUUACUGAGGGUGAUACUGUCCUGGUCAUGGCUACAGUGGAGUAGAAGUUCGGUCCUAAGGAAUUAUCCUGCUCUAAUUAACCCAUUCAAAUACAAUUUUUAAAAAAUGUUUUGGAUAAAAAAGGAUAGAAGAGGUGUAAGUGGUGAUUAACCAGCUAAUCAGUUCUUCAAAUUAGAUAUCGAAUGAUAACAUUAUGAGCAUAAAACCCAGCAGUGUCUGUGACCUUCCGAUUCUCAGAGGAAGCAACACACCCAAGCUGAGCCUGUCUUUCUCCCUAAGUCUCUUCCUACUUCCUGUGUCUUCAGUCUCUUCUUUCUCCUGCCAUAUCUCUUCCUCCUUUCUCUACAUGUGCAAAAAUGCCUGGGUGUCCAUGUGUACCCACAGCCCCAGCCAGUCUGUCCAGCUCUGAAGUCUCCAUGUUCUGAGCUGCUGUCCUUUCUUGCAAGUCUCUCCCUCUGGCUCUCUGUGGGCACCUAUCGGACCCUCCCCACCUAUGUCUUGCCCUCUGUGUAUGCCUCUCUCCGUUUGCUCAUGUCUUUGUCUGGCUCUGUGUCGCCUGCUCCCCCACCACCUCUCCCCUCACACACACACAUUCCCAAAUGUAAGGCUUUGUCCCAGGUUGGAAUUGGAGAGGGGCUUGAGAUUGGCUGUGUUCUGUACAUAGGGAAAGAAGUCAAGGGGCUUGAGGAUCCCCUAGCAAUUAACUGUUGAGGAAGUAAGGGUUUGUUCCUUGUGUGCACCAAAGUGCAAGUGGAAAAGCCUUAGAAUGUAUUUUUCUACCUUACAUCCACUGUGGAAGGAACUAUGUUAGGAAGAAGCUGAAUCUGGUCAUUUCAUCAGCAUCAUAAUCACCACAGAAAUGUGGAAGAUUCCAUGUGGUGGGGAAUAAAGAAAUAGCUUUUUGCUCUCCCGAGAACCAGCUGGAGCCCUGCGUGUGCACGACACCCUGGCCUCGAGCAGGUCACUCAGAGCUGUCUCAGUCCAGCUCCUGCAUGACUAGAUCUUUCCUUAGCAUCUUUUCUAUGACAACAUAUUAUCUUGUGUUAGAAUUAGGAAUACGAACUAAUCUGUUGGAGCAUGUCCCCAAAUGGACAUUUGAAAGGACUAACAAAAACAACCGGAAGGACUGAGUAUCUGACACAAAGGAAUGAUGAGAUUAAAUAGCAGCAGGAGAGGAGGACUUGAGUUUUGCAGUACCUAUUCUUAUUUUAACCUGCUUCAUCCCUGAUCUCCCUGAGAAACUAAGAAGGAAAUUAGUUUUUCAAGACCUCUUUGAACCUGUCUGGGAGACUAUAGUGAAACAUAUUUGACCUAUGGGGGCUCUUCACACUUGAAAAACUAUUUCCUUAUCACCAACAACCCGAAAAGGCCAAUGAGGCCAAAUGUAACCAUUUGCAACAUUUAAUUGUAACUUAAAAUUGCAUCAAUUGUGAACAGUGAAUUAAAGGGUUGUCUUCUCAGUGAGACAGUUAUGUGGCACUUUUAGUAACUUUCAUUUAAUAAAUAAAUAUUUAAAUCACUCACUGCAAAAUGCAUUUAAAAUCUUCCAAGAAGGUAGAGGUAGAAUUUGUUUUGCUUUGUUUUAAAACAGUUGCCUCAAGUUUCUGUCUUAAGAGUAGUGAUUUAGAAUCCAGACAUCUAUUGUUUUAGAAAAACAAGCAAAACUGUUGCAGGACUGGUAGUUGUAUGUAUUAUUUAUUUGCCACAGAUCAAAGGUUCACAAAAUAUAUUAAAUUACGUCCACUCGAGGAACCUUGAUAGGUUGUUCUUUUGAUUCUUCCCUUCAGGAAUUUGGAGCCUCGGUGUCACUUUAUUUUUAAAAUACUAAAUUUUAAUAUUUUCUUUUGCCAAAUGUGUGCAUACAUAUUCAAAGCAAUGAAACUAUCUCAAGCCAUACAACCAUGGGGUGGAAACCCUUUUCACAAAUUUUAAUGUGUUUGUAUGUAAAUAGAUGUUUGUAUGAAAUAUUUUCAUGGUAGAAUGAAUCUAUUUAAAUGAAGUUGAAUUAUUCCAGUGCUAUUUAAACACAUCACAGAAAUUUUGGUGAGAAUUAUCUGAGUCUAUUGAGAUGUAAUGCAGGUCAAUUUUAAUUUUUAAAAAUCAAAAGCCUACAGAUGACUCUGACUCAUGGCAACUUUCCCUGCGUAGUUGCAUCUGAUGUGGAGAGAGAUCGUAGGCUUCCCCAGUGCCUCAGCCGCUUCCUGGUGGUAAGUUAGGUGCUAACAGAGGUGUGUUCACCUUUUAGUGAUAUCACUACGGGCCUCUCAGGAGCCCAAGAGUGAAUCAGAGGCAUUAGAGACACCGGUGCAGUUACCUGGAGCACAAUUUCUUUGCAGGGCAGCAGAAUUAGAAGCCAGACUUGGCCAUGGGAACCUCAGAACUGGGUUCCCUGGCCACCAUCAACCGCCACCCUUACUGCCUAGUCACACCUGUCAGGGAGGCUGCCCUCAGUGGAGUUGGGGUUCAGACCCCAGGGUGGGACUUCACGGUUUUGCCAGCAACCUCUGCCUUCUGAUCUCCACCUCGAGAGAGGAAGGCAGGAGGGAGCAGUUGGCAAGGGGCCCAUUUCUCAGCACAGUGCAUUUCCUGUCUCAGCUCUGGAAAAGACUAUGCACCCCAGCACCAAACUUCCAACCAGAGAGAGAGACGUCUUCGGAUAAUGAAAAUCCUUGCUUCCUCUGUGACUUGACACACAGUUGUUAGAAGUCGCUUUAAUAUCAAGACCAGUCGUGUCCCUAGGACAUACCUCCCAACUCUCCUGACUCUUAUGUUAUUGAAAAAACUCCUUUAUAAGGAUAUUCAACUUGAGUGGUUUUUUGGGUUUUAUUUUUUUAACUUUGGUCCUGGAUAUAUAAUGAAAUGAAAAAAUAUUAUGACAAAUUUUCACUGUGUAUACUAGCAAUAUGAACACACAUGCCAAUGUAUCUUAACAUAGCUACUUGGUUAUAUUUUGGGUUACUAUAAUUAAUCUUGAUUCAUGUAUUAGGAAACUACAGGGACUAUGUAAUGCCUGCUUACCAUAUAAGAAAGUUAUGACCAUGAUUCUGAGCUCCCUACUUCAAAAGUUUUUCCUCCUGGGUUUUCUAUGUUCUCUUUUUAUCCUAAAAUGCAUUUAUUAGGUUGUGAGGUAUGUUUAAGGAGUAGAAGCCAGGGGGUUGCUUUCAGCAUUUAUUGCAACCAAAAGUUAACCCCAUCAAAGUUAAUGAGCAUCUUUUGGUCUUUUGUGGAAUUUGAACUUAAUCUAUGAGCCUUAUUCAAUAUCUAUAAUUCUAUGAUUUUUUUAAAUUAUGGGAAAUUAAUGAAAGAUGUUUACAUGAAUAACGUUUGCCCUUACUGUGUUAUGAAUGAGUUUUUUUGUAGUGUGUCUGGGUGCAUGUGCAAGAGAGUAGGAAAAAUGUUUCUGAAACAAAACUUGACAAAUAUUUGUAAUGAAAAGUAAAUUUAAAGAUUGCUAUAAUUACGCUAUAGGAACAAUGCAAGUAUUAAACAAAAUAUACAAUCAUU